AGUAAUCACUGUCUAGUGUCUUUAUAAGAUUAGUUUUUGUAAUCAAAUAUCAAUAAUCAAAACAUAGCUUAAAAGUUGGUUGCAGUAUGGUUUUGGAUUUAUAUAUAUCGUACAAAUAAAUUAAUUGUUGUUCACUUCAACGUAGUUCUUUGGCAGUGCUUAGACUUACUGCAAUGAUCUAAUACGUAUUAAACGGCUUACGUCAUGUCGAAGUUAAUUACGUUUUUAUUUAUUCAAUGCAUAAUAUCUGUUAUUGCAUUGUCUGAGUUUAGUGAAGAGAAGAAAGAAAAAAUUAUUCAUGAUUUCAUUGAGUACCUGAACAAUCUUCCAAGUCAUCCAUAUGUCUAUGAUGAGGGUGUCUUAGAGAAAGCAGUAAAAAUUGAUCCUAAUGAUGAUGUCAUUCACAUAGAAGCUAUGCUCAGAGGUGGCAAUGAAGACUUUCAGUAUGGUAAAAAAAGUGUCAAGUGUUCAGCAAACAUUAGAGAUUUGCUAGAAGGGAGCAUUUCGAUUGAGAAUCAGCCAGUAUGCCAGGAAGUAGAAGAUAUUACUACUAUAAAUACAUACAAUCCAAAUUUAGAUGAAAUAACUGAGCAGUCACCAAUUCUACUGGAUAAUGAAGAAGUAACUGAAGGGGUUAUAUCUGGUGAACAAUUUAUAGCUGUUCCAAGACGACAGAAUGUACCAUGCACUGGCUGCGCCGACCACGUCAAUCCUGAAGCUGCUGGAGUACGAGAGCUUGCUGAACUAGCAAUAAAACAUCUGGAUAAACACGAUCCUGCCGCAAAACAUAUAUUAGAAACUAUUGUUGAUAUAGAGAGACAAGUUCAGGUCGUAAGUGGUAUUAAAUAUACCCUGAUUUUGAAGAUUAAUUUUGAUAAAUGUUCAUCGCCAGAAGGAGAACCUUGUUAUGAAAACCGAACUUGUAAAAUAUCUAUACUUGAAAAAACCUGGAUAAGGUAUACCGAUGGAACAAAAUACAGAGCAAUUACUGCUAAUAAUUGUACAGAACAGUGGUUAUUUGGAGAUGAAGGCGAAGUUGUUUCGGCUACCAACGGUACACGCAAGAUAAAAUUAAAGAUAAAAAUUAAAGUCAGUGAUGGUAAUCAAGCAAGUACAGAUAAAUCCAAUGAUGUUCCUUUUUUGCAAGAAGAAGUUUUAAAUGCUCAACAUGAUCUGAAAUUGGAAACACAAUUACCUCAAGACAAAAGUCUGAGUGAGAAUGAAGUUAAAAACAUAGAGGAACAAAUUAUUCCUCACCAUAGAGUUGAAACUCUUAAAAACGUUGUACACACACGUCCAAACUAUUUCGAAACUGAUGACUCAAAACCUGCCAUUUCCUCUAGCCUAACAAAAGAAAAAAAUAACGAAAAUCCAUACAAUACUGCAAAUCCGUCUCAGAGUGUAGAUAAAACAUCAUAUUUGUCUGAGGAAAGGAAACAAGCAAUUGAUGAUUUAUUUAAUAUUUUGAAUUCGGCUGGUUUUAAUUCUCCAGAUGAUACAUCUCGCAAUAAAAGAAGUUACGAUAGUGAUUUAAGGAUGUUAGGGGUUAUUGAAAAAUUAUAUAAGUUAAAAAAGAAUAUAAAAAAUGCUGACUUAAUAUACUCUUUAGCUCAAAAUAUGGUUGAUUAUUUGAACGAAAUGGAUAUUGAAACAAAAAAUAGAAGACUAAAAGAAGUUCUUACAGCCGAGGAAGAAAUCGUAAAUUAUCAACAUUUCUACUAUAUACAAGCUCGGGUUGUUGUACCGUGUAACGAAGUAGAGUGUGAAAAUGUUGAUGGUAAAAGUAAAAUAUGUAAUGGAAUUAUUGAAUUAACUCAGAAAGAAUCUAUCCAAAUUCUAACAACUUUUUGUUAUGAUGAUCAAAAGCCGAUUUCUAAUGUUGGUAAAAUAUUUCAAGUACCUUUAGAUGAUACUUUGUUAAAACACAUGAUAAACAAAGCAAUUAAACAGGUAGAGAGUGAUCUUACAAAUAAGAAUGCAAUAUUAGUAAAACAGGUCUUAGAUGCCACUACUAGGAAAGAGGCUGGUAUCAUUACAAAAAUUAUAGUCGAAAUCGUAUUCACUAACUGCAAUAAAUCAGUGUCUUAUAAAAGAAGAGAGAAUUGCACCAUCAUCGAAAACAUGGGUUCAAAAAUUUGUGAAAUUAACAUUAUUGAACGGCAUUGGAUAAAAGAGACAAAAAUUACACAUUCAUGUAAAAAUCGAGGGAUUGAAGAAACAUUUUUGUUUACUAACUUAAACAAUCAAGGACAUAAGAACCUUCAAGAUUCAACAGUUUCAGGUAUGCUAAGCCAAGCCUUAAAAUUCUUAGAAAUAAAUUCGAACCGAAACAAUAAACAAAGAAUUAUCGAUAUUAAUAAUAUUACAACCCAAUUGUUUGCCGGACUUCUGACAAAUAUAAACUUUACGGUUGGUUAUACAGAAUGUAAAGAAGAUUUAAUAAAUGAAAUAGACAUUGAAUCGUGCAAAUUAUUACAUAAUGAACCUGUUCGAAGAUGCCAAGUGGUAGUUUGGGAUAGACCCUGGUUAGAAGAUGGAAGGCAAUUAAAUGUUACUUGUACCGACGAUAACGUCUUAGAAGCUAGAAAAAAAAGAUCUUUAAACUUUGUUGGUGGUCCGUCAGAAAAAAACCAUCCUCGUUUCGUGACCUUGGCAAGAGAAUCAUUAAAUAAAUACGUCCAAAGUUCAGGUUCUUCUAAACAGCACAAGCUGUUAAAGAUUAAGAAAGUUACUACACAAGUGGUUUCCGGAACGAUGACUAGAAUUGAUUUUGAAGCUGCUCCUACGAACUGCGAAUUACUAGCUGUGAACGAAGAGAGCUCUUCCGAUUGCACAGUUGACGGUCAUGUCAUUAAAUGUCAUGCUGAAAUUUGGGAGCAACCUUGGCUUAAUAAUAAAGAUAUUAAAAUAGAUUGCAAUAUAAAAGAAUCAUCUAGGAAAAAAAGAGAGACUUUGGUGGGAGGAGAAUCCGAUACAGAUCCAAACGAGCCUCGUUUCGUGACCUUGGCAAGAGAAUCAUUAAAUAAAUACGUCCAAAGUUCAGGUUCUUCUAAACAGCACAAGCUGUUAAAGAUUAAGAAAGUUACUACACAAGUGGUUUCCGGAACGAUGACUAGAAUUGAUUUUGAAGCUGCUCCUACGAACUGCGAAUUACUAGCUGUGAACGAAGAGAGCUCUUCCGAUUGCACAGUUGACGGUCAUGUCAUUAAUUGUCAUGCUGAAAUUUGGGAGCAACCUUGGCUUAAUAAUAAAGAUAUUAAAAUAGAUUGCAAUAUAAAAGAAUCAUCUAGGAAAAAAAGAGAGACUUUGGUGGGAGGAGAAUCCGAUACAGAUCCAAACGAUCCUCGUUUCGUGACCUUGGCAAGAGAAUCAUUAAAUAAAUACGUCCAAAGUUCAGGUUCUUCUAAACAGCACAAGCUGUUAAAGAUUAAGAAAGUUACUACACAAGUGGUUGCCGGAACGAUGACUAGAAUUAAUUUUGAAGCUGCUCCUACGAACUGCGAAUUACUAGCUGUGAACGAAGAGAGCUCUUCCGAUUGCACAGUUGACGGUCAUGUCAUUAAUUGUCAUGCUGAAAUUUGGGAGCAACCUUGGCUUAAUCAUAAAGAUAUUAAAAUAGAUUGCAAUAUAAAAGAAUCAUCUAGGAAAAAAAGAGAGACUUUGGUGGGAGGAGAAUCCGAUACAGAUCCAAACGAUCCUCGUUUCGUGACCUUGGCAAGAGAAUCAUUAAAUAAAUACGUCCAAAGUUCAGGUUCUUCUAAACAGCACAAGCUAUUAAAGAUUAAGAAAGUUACUACACAAGUGGUUUCUGGAACAAUGACUAGAAUUGAUUUUGAAGCUGCUCCUACGAACUGCGAAUUACUAGCUGUGGACGAAGAGAGCUCUUCCGAUUGCACAGUUGACGGUGAUGUCAUUAGUUGUCAUGCUAAAAUUUGGGAACAACCUUGGCUUAAUAAUAAAGAUAUUAAAAUAGAUUGCAAUAUAAAAGAAUCAUCUAGGAAAAAAAGAGAGACUUUGGUGGGAGGAGAAUCCGAUACAGAUCCAAACGAUCCUCGUUUCGUGACCUUGGCAAGAGAAUCAUUAAAUAAAUACGUCCAAAGUUCAGGUUCUUCUAAACAGCACAAGCUGUUAAAGAUUGAGAAAGUUACUACACAAGUGGUUUCCGGAACGAUGACUAGAAUUGAUUUUGAAGCUGCUCCUACGAACUGCGAAUUACUAGCUGUGAACGAAGAGAGCUCUUCCGAUUGCACAGUUGACGGUGAUGUCAUUAGUUGUCAUGCUAAAAUUUGGGAACAACCUUGGCUUAAUAAUAAAGAUAUUACAAUAAAUUGCAAUAUAAAAGAAUCAUCUAGGAAAAAAAGAGAGACUUUGGUGGGAGGAGAAUCCGAUACAGAUCCAAACGAUCCUCGUUUCGUGACCUUGGCAAGAGAAUCAUUAAAUAAAUACGUCCAAAGUUCAGGUUCUUCUAAACAGCACAAGCUGUUAAAGAUUAAGAAAGUUACUACACAAGUGGUUUCCGGAACGAUGACUAGAAUUGAUUUUGAAGCUGCUCCAACGAACUGCGAAUUACUAGCUGUGGACGAAGAGAGCUCUUCCGAUUGCACAGUUGACGGUGAUGUCAUUAGUUGUCAUGCUAAAAUUUGGGAACAACCUUGGCUUAAUAAUAAAGAUAUUACAAUAAAUUGCAAUAUAAAAGAAUCAUCUAGGAAAAAAAGAGAGAUUAAGGUGGGAGGAGAAUCCGAUAAAGAUCCAAGUGAUCCUCGUUUCGUGACCUUGGCAAGAGAAUCAUUAAAUAAAUACGUCCAAAGUUCAGGUUCUUCUAAACAGCACAAGCUAUUAAAGAUUAAGAAAGUUACUACACAAGUGGUUUCCGGAACGAUGACUAGAAUUGAUUUUGAAGCUGCUCCUACGAACUGCGAAUUACUAGCUGUGGACGAAGAGAGCUCUUCCGAUUGCACAGUUGACGGUGAUGUCAUUAGUUGUCAUGCUAAAAUUUGGGAGCAACCUUGGCUUAAUAAUAAAGAUAUUACAAUAAAUUGCAAUAUAAAAGAAUCAUCUAGGAAAAAAAGAGAGAUUAAGGUGGGAGGAGAAUCCGAUAAAGAUCCAAGUGAUCCUCGUUUCGUGACCUUGGCAAGAGAAUCAUUAUAUAAAUACGUCCAAAGUUCAGGUUCUUCUAAACAGCACAAGCUGUUAAAGAUUAAGAAAGUUACUACACAAGUGGUUUCCGGAACGAUGACUAGAAUUGAUUUUGAAGCUGCUCCUACGAACUGCGAAUUACUAGAUGUGGACGAAGAGAGCUCUUCCGAUUGCACAGUUGAUGGUGAUGUCAUUAGUUGUCAUGCUAAAAUUUGGGAGCAACCUUGGCUUAAUAAUAAAGAUAUUAAAAUAGAUUGCAAUAUAAAAGAAUCAUCUAGGAAAAAAAGAGAGAUUUUGGUGGGAGGACAAUCCGAUCAAGAUCCAAACUUCUUCCAAUCACCUCAAGAUUUUUUAAGUUUUAGUAAGACUAGAACGAAGAGACAUGCAGAUGAAGAUUACGUCGAUGAUGAUACGAAAUUCUACUUCGCUUCUCGUGCUGUUCAACAUCUUAAUGACAAUUCAAAUACUAACAAUUUACAAAAGCUUAUAACAAUUCAUGCAUUUCAAAGUAAAACAGUUAUGCAUGAGAAUAUAAUUAGAAUGUACAUUGAAACUGCCCACACAUACUGUUUGCGUCAUCAAGAUGAAGCUGAUCUAGCUGAUUGUGAAGAGUUAUCUGGUAUGUUUCAUAAAAUUUGUUUCGUGAAAAUACUUUCGUCGCCGGAUGAUGAGUUAAUUGUACACAGCAUUAAUGUUGUUUGUAAUGAUGAGAAAAGUUUUUCCACGAUCACAGGUAUAUCAUUAAAGGAUCUUAUUGUAGCAUCUAUAACGGAAUUAGAAGCUUCGCCGAAAAUUAAAAAUAAGAUUGUACCCCACGGCGAGCCUCAUUUUAUACCGCGCUUGGACCCUCAAGUUCCAAUCAAGUUGAGUUUCCUUAUUGCAUUCACUAAUUGUAGCAAAGAUGUUGAAUUUGACAUAUUUAGCCUACAAAUGAUAAAUGACUUGCAGACGCCUUGUUCUGUUGAUGAGGUGAGACCGUCUAAAUCGUGUACAUCUUACAUUUGGACAACAGCAAAGACGAACAAAAUUAAAAGACUGAAAGUUAAAUGUUCUCUUCCACAUAUGAUGCGAAAGAGAAGAUCUAUAUCUCUGGACGUUUCGAACGCAACAUCUGAUGAGGUCACUAUACAUAAUUUAGUCAAAGAAUCUAUAGAAAAACUGGAAAUGAUGUCACAGCAUAAAUACAAGCAGAGGCUUUUACAAAUAAAUCAUUACUCAUCUAAAAUAACCAGUGGUCGUGUUACAACUAUUAACUUUGAGGUCGGAUAUACGUCUUGUCUUAAAUAUGAAGCGGUUGAAAAUAUUACAAAUUGCCAGUUUUUGGAACAUUUACCAAGGAGACGUUGUAUAUCGACUGUUUGGCAGCGUUUGUGGUUAGAUAAUGGUAACAAUAUUGAAGUAAAUUGUGAAGAUGAUGAAACGCCUUUAGAAGCCCAUGUUGAAUUCGAAAAUCCCGAACAAGCGAUGCAGAUGGCGAAAGAAGCCUUGAAACACAUCGAGGCGAAAUAUCCGCAUCCUCGCCGACAGAAAGUCGUAAGAAUAUUUUCAUUAGAAAAGCAAACUAUAGCUGGCAUACAUUAUCGCAUGAAAAUUGAAAUAGGAAAUACAAAUUGCUUAGCAUUAAGCUUGAAUGAUACAUGCAAAUUAGUUGGUAAUAUGGGCGAUAACAGAUUUUGUAGAGUCAACGUGUGGAUACGCCCCUGGACGGAUCAUGCGCCCAAUUAUCGUGUGUCCUGUGACUAUGAGGAAGGUGUUAACACCGAGAUAUACGUGCACUUGCAAGCCGAACAAUUAUUUUUUGACUUUAUAACUACUUACAGGCCUGAAUAUAUUGACGAUCAUACUGAAAUGGCGAAACGAUUUGAAAUAUUUAAGAAUAACGUUAAAACAAUUCACGAACUGAAUGUGAAUGAGAGGGGAACGGCACGUUACGCAGUUACGAGAUUUACCGAUUUGUCGUAUGAGGAGUUUAGCAACAAGUACUUAGGAUUAAAGCCUGGUCUGAGGGAUCAAAAUCAAAUACCUUUUAGGAUGGCAGACAUCCCGGAUGUGAAAAUACCAGAUAAAUUUGAUUGGAGAGAGUAUGGUGCUGUAACAGAAGUGAAGAAUCAAGGUUCUUGCGGCAGCUGUUGGGCUUUCAGUGUUACUGGCAACGUCGAGGGUCAGUGGAAGAUUAAAACAGGUGAACUUGUAUCUCUCUCCGAACAAGAGUUGGUGGAUUGUGACAAACUCGAUGAGGGUUGCAACGGCGGUCUUCCUGAUAAUGCUUACAGGGCAAUUGAACAAUUGGGUGGUUUAGAAGCUGAAAACGAUUAUCCAUACGAAGGAGUCGACGAUAAAUGUCUAUACAACAAGACGUUAUCAAGGGUGCACAUAAGUGGAGCGCUUAAUAUCUCGUCAAAUGAGACUGAUAUGGCCAAAUGGCUCACACAAAAUGGACCUAUAUCGAUUGGUAUCAAUGCAAACGCGAUGCAGUUCUACGUGGGUGGCGUCUCUCAUCCGUGGCGGAUGUUGUGCAGCCCUAAAAACUUGGAUCACGGAGUCCUUAUCGUGGGAUAUGGUGUCAAAGACUACCCUCUCUUCCACAAGCAUCUGCCUUAUUGGAUAGUGAAGAACUCGUGGGGUACGUCGUGGGGCGAACAGGGUUAUUAUCGAGUUUACAGAGGAGACGGGACCUGCGGUGUUAAUUUAAUGGCUAGUAGUUCUAUAGUUUAGAAAAAAUGUGUACGUAUUGCAA